UUUUCGACGGGAUAUUUUAAUCGAAUAGAGCGUCGAUUGUUUCGAACCAUCGAUGCGGUUAAAAUGCAUAACCUCUGGAGUAAAAUUAUGAAAUUACGAUAUUUCGAGAUGACUGUAAAUUAGCAUCGGGCGGUUGCUCCCACGCCAGAAUAUGGUGUGCGAGUUACUAAACCAAAGUGGUCGACGAAGCAUGAUUUAGCAACUGCUUCGAAGAGCGUCGGAUUUUCGAAAAUUGCGCGUCAAAUAUAUUUUAAUUCUGGCAAUGUCGGUGGUGAGAAGCCCGAGUAGAAAUAAUUCGGGAAGCUCCUUGCCAUCGGGAAAGGGAGCACAUUCGAUGAAUAGGGCCAGUUUAAUCAACAACAGAAGAAAAAGGAAAAAAUAGGGGUUCCUUAAAGAGUUCGCGAUCCUUUCCAAAUUGAAAUGGGAUUUGCAGAUUUGUUCAAAAGACCGACGAAGGGUCAGCCCGAGGAGCUUCCGAAAUCUCCCGAUGAGGUGAUAAAGGAUCUCCCACCUGAACAGAUAGAAGAAUCCCCUAGACUCAGCAAGACCGUUGACCACUCGUUUCACGAUGUCAAAGCCACAAGUUUCCCUCCUCCGCUGAGCAUCGACGCAUCCGUGUUCACGGAACCUCAAAAGCUAAUUCCAGAGAAGCCGAAAAUUUCGGAGGAGCCGAAAAUUCCAGAAGAGCCAGCUGCUAUCCCGAAAAAUGGAAAAAUCGUCAGAGAAGAUUCGUACCCGGGUGAAAAGAAGGAGAUGGAAUCCUGCGACAGGAGAACUUGUCCCAACCUCGAAGCCUGCGAAAAAUCAUCGAAAAGACAGCACGAGUCCAAGGACAAGAUCAGCCGUGAUAGACUGACGGAGAUGAUCAACGUGUCGAUCAAGGAAGCGGUCGAGACUAUCGCGAAGCAGUGUAGAAUGAAACAGGAAGAUGCUGGAAAGACUCCCGAGAAGCAGUCGAAGGAUACCAUCGACAAAACAGUCUGCCGCAGGAAAGAUUCCUCGCGGAAAGCUAAGCGCGAGAGAUCGCGAUCUGCCGAGGAAUAUUCCUCCCGUAGAUCAAGUCGCGUCACGAACGCUCACAAGUCCAGUCGACCUCCAGAGAAGCGCAGGAAGGCUCGCACGUGUCCUAGGAAGAAGGAGAUCGCCAAUUGUUACUGCAAGAAGGUGACCCCUUGCGAGGGCGCUAAGGUCAAAAAACAUUCGAAGCCGAAGCCGAGUCCUGGCAAGACCGACAAUCGCCGGAUGACCGGCAAUGUGAACAUUUACAUCUGCUCGGAGGCCACUGAGAAUGCUCAGCCGGCCAACAAGCAGAAGAAGCCACCGCCCGCCGCAGAAUCCAGUUCGGAGACAACGACGGAGCCGUCGAACGCCUCCUCCUGCAAGCUUAUAAACCGCAUCCGGAGCAAGCGGCGAAAGCGGCAGGAGCAGGAGUCCUCGGACUUCCUGAUGAGCACCGAGGACAGCAGCGAUCCCAGCAACCCCUGCAGCUGCGACUCGAAGUUCUCGGACGUGGCUGCGGAAUCGGCGAGCACGGUUUGCACGCAGGAGACAGAGUCAACAUUGACGGACUGCCGAUGCAAGGACGAGGACCAGGUGCAAUCCGACCGGUCGAUAGAGUCGACGUUCGUCGUCUGCGACAAAGUAGAGCAGCCUUGCUCCACAAUCUAUCCUACCCAAAGGUCCGUCGUCUCCGACAGCGAGGAAUGGUCGUCGAAGUCUGGCAGCGGUGCUGAGACUGUCGUAUGUGAUCAGAGUCGCAGGGACUUUGACCGUGCACCUGGUCCCAAGCCUGAUUACGGUGGUUACUAUGUUGAAAGCUUGAAGAGGGAGGAAGAUUCUGAGAAGGAGAGCUGUAGAGUGCGAAAGAAGAAUGUUUGCAAGUGUCACAGCGGGUUUCGGAGCCAGAGGAGGGUCUGUAGAUCUAGGGAACCGGUGAACACUUGCAGUUGCAUCGUUGAAGAGGAUGAGGAUGUUUGCGAGACUGCGGAGGAGUCUCCGGAGAUUACGGUCUGCCAAAGACCGGUGGAACAACAGGUUUGUCGGAGAAGCGAGGAGAGCGAGGAGAGCGAGGAGCCUAGGGUAUCGGCCGACUUGGAUGCUCAGGUGGAUGGAGACACGUUGGAUUAUGAGGAUAAAAGGAAAAGCGUGGCGGAGGAGGAAACCCAGGUUGAGCAACAAGUAGAGGAUGAUCUAGAUCGUCGCCCAAGCUCAGUGAUAUCCCAGAAGCUGAUAAGACCCGAGGCUCUGGCUCUCAGACGUCUGAUACAAGCUAAACGUGCCGGCCUUGAUCAAACUCUUACUGCACCAUCUCCUGACCAGGAAGAAUCGACUUCACCUCGAGCAGAAGAGAAGCCAGAGCCGGCAUUCUUGAAGAAGUUCAACCUUCGUGAUAAGGAUAAAUUUCUGAAGCACCUUAAAGACGUUGAAGAUUCUGAAACUCCAGAAGAGAAUCGGGUCGCAGGUGGUGGAGAGGAGAUUAAGGAAAAGAAGACAGAGAAGAAGGAAGAGGACGAAGGCGGUGCUGAGGAGAAAAAGGGAUUCCCGGGAAGGCUGAAGACAUCGUUGUUCAAGACUUUCAGAAGAGUCUCGGGCAAGGAGAAGGACAAGAACUCCGAGGACGCUGAUAAGAGGACUAGUGCUUCUGAUAAGAAAUCUGAGGAACCUGAUAACGGCGUCGAAGCGAAUCAAUCUGCGAAGUCCGAGACUGAAGGGACUCGGAGGGAGAAGAAGAUGACACUGGCUGAGAGGCUGGACAUAAACAAGUUCUUCAAGAAAAGGGAACCAACGGAUCAGAAGAAGACUGCGUCCAAGAAGAAGAAUAAACAGUCCACUGAGACUGACCCAGACAGCAAGUUCAAUACAGACGAAGCCAAAGAAGAGAAGCAAGAUGAAGACCAGAAGGACCAACCUAAAGUUCCUGAAGAACAGGAAACGAAUUUGUCAUCGUCGCCUAUCAUUGCUAGCAAAAUUUCCGUCCCCACACCUCAGAGUUCCAAUCUCGAAGAAACAAACGCAUUGUCAGAAGAUCUCUCAAGGACAAUGGAUGCUCAAGAUGCAGCAGAAAAGAUCAGUCCCCAGGACAUUCGAGAAGAGUCGAAAGAUCGAAAGGACUCCGAGGUUCGAGAAGAGAUGCGACCAGAGCUCUCGAAGCCGAGAAUUCUCGGAGAGAUGCGACCAGAGCUCUCGAAGCCGAGAAUUCUCGAAGAGAUGCGACCAGAGCUCUCGAAGCCGAGGAUUCAAAGGUCCGUCGUCUCCGACAGCGAGGAAUGGUCGUCGAAGUCUGGCAGCGGUGCUGAGACUGUCGUAUGUGAUCAGAGUCGCAGGGACUUUGACCGUGCACCUGGUCCCAAGCCUGAUUACGGUGGUUACUAUGUUGAAAGCUUGAAGAGGGAGGAAGAUUCUGAGAAGGAGAGCUGUAGAGUGCGAAAGAAGAAUGUUUGCAAGUGUCACAGCGGGUUUCGGAGCCAGAGGAGGGUCUGUAGAUCUAGGGAACCGGUGAACACUUGCAGUUGCAUCGUUGAAGAGGAUGAGGAUGUUUGCGAGACUGCGGAGGAGUCUCCGGAGAUUACGGUCUGCCAAAGACCGGUGGAACAACAGGUUUGUCGGAGAAGCGAGGAGAGCGAGGAGAGCGAGGAGCCUAGGGUAUCGGCCGACUUGGAUGCUCAGGUGGAUGGAGACACGUUGGAUUAUGAGGAUAAAAGGAAAAGCGUGGCGGAGGAGGAAACCCAGGUUGAGCAACAAGUAGAGGAUGAUCUAGAUCGUCGCCCAAGCUCAGUGAUAUCCCAGAAGCUGAUAAGACCCGAGGCUCUGGCUCUCAGACGUCUGAUACAAGCUAAACGUGCCGGCCUUGAUCAAACUCUUACUGCACCAUCUCCUGACCAGGAAGAAUCGACUUCACCUCGAGCAGAAGAGAAGCCAGAGCCGGCAUUCUUGAAGAAGUUCAACCUUCGUGAUAAGGAUAAAUUUCUGAAGCACCUUAAAGACGUUGAAGAUUCUGAAACUCCAGAAGAGAAUCGGGUCGCAGGUGGUGGAGAGGAGAUUAAGGAAAAGAAGACAGAGAAGAAGGAAGAGGACGAAGGCGGUGCUGAGGAGAAAAAGGGAUUCCCGGGAAGGCUGAAGACAUCGUUGUUCAAGACUUUCAGAAGAGUCUCGGGCAAGGAGAAGGACAAGAACUCCGAGGACGCUGAUAAGAGGACUAGUGCUUCUGAUAAGAAAUCUGAGGAACCUGAUAACGGCGUCGAAGCGAAUCAAUCUGCGAAGUCCGAGACUGAAGGGACUCGGAGGGAGAAGAAGAUGACACUGGCUGAGAGGCUGGACAUAAACAAGUUCUUCAAGAAAAGGGAACCAACGGAUCAGAAGAAGACUGCGUCCAAGAAGAAGAAUAAACAGUCCACUGAGACUGACCCAGACAGCAAGUUCAAUACAGACGAAGCCAAAGAAGAGAAGCAAGAUGAAGACCAGAAGGACCAACCUAAAGUUCCUGAAGAACAGGAAACGAAUUUGUCAUCGUCGCCUAUCAUUGCUAGCAAAAUUUCCGUCCCCACACCUCAGAGUUCCAAUCUCGAAGAAACAAACGCAUUGUCAGAAGAUCUCUCAAGGACAAUGGAUGCUCAAGAUGCAGCAGAAAAGAUCAGUCCCCAGGACAUUCGAGAAGAGUCGAAAGAUCGAAAGGACUCCGAGGUUCGAGAAGAGAUGCGACCAGAGCUCUCGAAGCCGAGAAUUCUCGGAGAGAUGCGACCAGAGCUCUCGAAGCCGAGAAUUCUCGAAGAGAUGCGACCAGAGCUCUCGAAGCCGAGGAUUCUCGAAGACGCUCGCGAAGCAAGAAACACCGAAGUGUGUCCAGGCCUGAAGCAACCGUCGGUGACCGUGUGUGCACGACAUCCCCAGCGACAGCCUGCAUCCCGAUGCACUUCUCAAGAAAUCGUGAUCCACACGGUGUGCACGAAUCAACCUCUCUCAGUGUGCAGCAACGUGGGCCGUUCCGACGAGAGGAUCGAGGACAGCAGAUGCACUUGCUGUUGCGUGCCGGCACCGCAGAGCUGCAACAGGCUCAACAGCUACCCGAAGAGCUGCCUGAAGAAGGAGCGGCAGUUCUGCCGGAUGGAAUCGCAGGAGAACAACUGCUCGGUUUUGUACAGAGAUAACAGAAGCUGGGAGGAAUGCGGUUGCAGAAGGAUUGUCCUCUGCGAGGGAUGCUGCAGGCCGAGAAGCGAGUGCAGUUGCAGGCCGGUGCCUCCCUGCGUGACCUGCUACAAGCCAAAAACCGAGUGCAUCUGCAACAUCGUGUGCCCCCAGAGGGGCAGCUGCAGGCGCAUGAAGUCGAUGGUCUGUCUCUAUUGCGACAGGCCUCGCGACGGCUGCACUUGUAGUUCGCCGAUCCGGAAGUGCUCCUGCUGCGAGAUGGCCGUGGAUCUGUGCUGCUGCGAGCCGAACCGGAAGUCCUACCACGAGGGAAGACCGGUCGCCGCGGAACCUGACUGCGAUCGCACCAUGUACGUCACCGCCUGGAAGCCUCGGGAGGACGUUCGCCGGUACUUCUCACGGAAUCUCGAUGAUCUCAGACGCGAUUCCAUCAACGAGUGUUGCUGCCACGAGAAACCGAAGCCGCAGAACUCCGAUGAUCUGCCUUAUCAGAGGCUCAGCUGCUUCUCGGACGUGAUGAACGAGCUGCAGCGCAAGAUCAGCGAAUCCGUCUGCUGCACCCAGUGCCGGAAGGUCCCCUGUUGCUGUAACCUCAAGGUCGACGAGGGAAGGGACCAGAGAAGGAUCAAGUGUUGUGUCAGCCCCAAGUCCCGACGCAAGACGGUCGUCUGCCCGGACAAGCCUCGAAGUAAAUCGCCAACGAUUUGCAAGUGCGAUCCUCAAUCGAGGGGCGACAGACAGAAGAAGACAGUGGUGUGCUGCCAGUGCAAAUCGUCCCCGUGCAGAUGCAAGAAGAGCAAGUCGAAGAAGCCGAGAAUGAAGUGCUACUACUGCAAGAAUUCGCCUUGCGUCUGCAUUGCGGCCAGAGAACGCAGCAAGCCGAGGUCGUGCAGGUGCGCUGAUUCACCUUGUCGCGCGAAAGAAAAGGAGAUCACCGUUUGUGGAAAAACAUCCGCGAAGCCGAAGAACAACGAGGAGAAGAUGAUUUGUGUCCGGUGAGCGACACGUGUGACCAGCUUUCCCGAAACAGAAAACAAGAACUAUUGGCAUUGACGGAGUGAUCCACUUCGGGCUACUUAGCAACAUUUUUAAUUGGAAGAGAAGCUUGACCUUCUAACUGCGAGGCACGUAUUGUAUACGUCGAUUAAUAGAUACGGAAAACGUAGGUUAGUGAAGCCGGUUACUGUGACGUGACCAAUCGCUGUGCCUUCUGUUUGUUUUCGGGCAUAAUUAUCUUUUUAUGUAUCG